AUGUUAUGUACAAAUAAGAAAUCAAUUACAGACAAAUUCACAUUUAUCGUUCAAUAUAUACAUUCUGUAUUAGAAAAAAAUGAUUUUAUUGGAUUAAAAAAUUCAACACAUGCACCUAGUUCUGAAUUAAUUGUGAGUCAAACAUGGAUCAGUCGAUAUCAAUAUGAUCAUAUUGAUGUUCAAGUAGAUGCACGACGAAGAAAAAAUAAUAUUUUUUUGGCCGUUCAAAAAGAGAAAACAAGUCGGAGAAACCAAAUAACCAUUAACAUUGAUGAACAUAUCAAAGAGGUUGAUGAAAAAUUAAACUUAGAUAAACGAGAAAAAUUGGAUCAUAUUUUAAAUAUAUUAAUCAAUGGAUUCAAAAAAGACAUUACUAAUACAAGUUCUGGUGGUAAUGACAAUCAAUUACCAUCACUUAGUAACACUCCAUCAUCUCCUGGUGAAGAUAUGCAACCAGCACAACAACAAUCAUUACCACCAAUGUAUUUUGGCAGUUCACGUGAUCCUCCACCUCCGCAUAUGAUGCAUCCUGAAAGUCUUCCUCCACCACAACCAGGUCAAUUUGUUUAUGAGUUUUAUGGAGCAGGACCACCAUCUAUGAUGCAUGGUCCACCACCUCCUCAUCAUCAUCCACAUAUGGGUAAUUUACUUAGUUCAGAACCAUCACCUCAUGCACGUGAUAUGAUGUUUAUGCAUGGAUCAUCAACACAACUGAUGCCACGUACUUAUUCACCACAUACACAUCAUAUUAAUAAUCCACAAAAUUCAAAUUCAUCAUCAAUUGUUAUAUGUGGUUCAUGUCAUAAAAAAGUACAAGAUAAUGAAGAAACAGUAUUUUGUCAAUUAGGUUGUAAGUUUUUCUAUCAUCGAACAUGUGUUGGAUUAACAGAACAAGCCUUAAAAAUGCUUAAUCAAGAAAAUUAUGCCGAAUGGGUAUGUAAUAAAUGCUUUGCAGAAAAACAUGUACCACCAGUUAAAUUUAUAUCAUGA